AUGCAUCGUGCCCUCCAGAUAUCAGAAAUUCUGGAAAUGAUUCUUCAAUCCGUCGAGGAGUCUAGAAGGCCCACGGCUGCCGCUGUGGCAUCCACCUGUCAAACGUUCUAUGAACUCGCCAGCAACAUCCUCUGGGAGGACUUGCCUCGCCUUCAACCGCUCCUUUUGUGCUUACCCGGAGAUACGCUGGCGCAAUCUGGAUUUCGUCCGGACGUGGCCCGUGAACUGGGUGGCGAACAAUGGGCUCAAUUCCUGAAACAUGCUGCACGCGUCAGGACUCUGAGGCUGACGUAUGAAGAUUCCGCAGAGCUCAAUAAACACCUGCAUAUGAUUCUGUUCAUGCGCUUGCGGUCUAUGUCCGCGAUGUUUCCGAAUCUGCGCAGUUUGAAGGUUGGAGAGCUGAUUCAGUUCGGCGGCCUAGACACGGGAACUUAUUAA